UGGGAUACGGUACGUAUUCUGCGGUUUGAAACAGAAGGGGUGUGAGUGAGCUAACUGAGCGGUGUUGGGGAUUCCUCCAUCCCCUCAAGGCGACGGUCUGAAUGUUUAGAGAAAAUGUCAACACUUUAUUGUUAUUAUUUUAAUUUUCCUAAUAGCGGUCAGUGGAGUUAAAAAAAAAAAAAAACGCUGCUCAAUCGAGCUAGCUUGUUAGCUAUCGGUCUCCAUAACGUUAGCUUAGCUUAGCAUAGCUUAGCUUGUAACGAUUACCAUGAUUAUAAUAAUGUUAAAUAAUAAUAAUAAUAAUAUCGAUUCACGUUCUGUUUAAAGAAAUAUCAGACCGACCGGUUUGCAUGGUAACGUUAUAAUAUAAUUAAUUAUUUUUAUUUAAUUAAUUCCUCUUAGCUAGCAAUGAUAGCUAAGUGCUAUCGUUAGCCAGCCUCGUCGUUCGUUCGACGUUAACGAGCUGAAUUAAUUUUCCGUUCAUUCAGCAUCAUAGCUAGAUAAGUUAAGCUGUAAGUCUUUUGUGAUGGUUUAUAAGCAGGACUAGUUAGUUAUUACAUGCGUAGCGAGCUAUGCACUAAGCUGACUAGCGGGCUUCACAGGUAAGUGACAUGUUUAUGCAUGUCGCUUAGCGAUCCUGCUAUUAAUCACGCAUCGGUAAAUCAAAUCUGUGCUAUGAGAUCUUGGCGAAAUUCCUCCUAACCGACACGGUUAUUUAAGCUGGCGCUGUGUCAGAAAGCGUGCAGGCUGCUUUCCGACACAUUCGGACACUCCGUAUCGGGUUUGAAGAAGAGGUCAUGGUCCCAGCUGCAUUGCGGCCCUGUUUCACUGAAAAGAUCAGUCGUACAUUGCUACAGUGAACCAGGCCUUUCCCAGAGUUGCCAGAAGACAAGGCCGGCUUUGCGGUGUCGUGUUUGGAGUGCUGUGGUCGGUGGGGAAAAGGCAGAUCCAUCAUCGCCCAUGCCCGCCAUGCCUGGUCCGGCGGCCAGCAAAGCGCGGGUGUACGCUGAUGUGAACACUCUGAAAAGCAAGGAUUACUGGGACUAUGAAGCACAUGUGCCUAGCUGGAGCAACCAAGAUGAUUACCAGUUAGUCCGGAAGCUUGGAAGAGGCAAAUAUAGCGAAGUGUUUGAAGCCAUCAAUAUCAACAGCAAUGACAGAGUGGUGGUGAAAAUACUCAAGCCUGUCAAGAAGAAGAAGAUCAAACGUGAGAUCAAAAUCCUGGAAAACUUAAGAGGAGGAACCAACAUAAUUCGCCUUGUGGACACAGUUAAGGAUCCUGUGUCCAGAACACCAGCUCUUGUCUUUGAGUGCAUCAAUAACACAGAUUUCAAGGAUCUCUACCAGAGAUUAACAGAUUUUGACAUUCGCUUCUACUUGUAUGAACUUCUAAAGGCGCUGGAUUACUCUCACAGCAUGGGAAUCAUGCAUCGGGAUGUAAAGCCACAUAACGUAAUGAUAGAUCACCAAAUGCGAAAGUUGCGCCUGAUAGACUGGGGUCUUGCUGAGUUCUAUCAUCCUUCACAAGAAUAUAAUGUAAGGGUGGCCUCGAGAUCAUACAAGGGACCAGAGCUCCUGGUUGAUUAUCAGAUGUAUGAUUACAGUUUAGACAUGUGGAGCCUGGGCUGCAUGCUGGCCAGUAUGAUUUUUCAGAAAGAACCCUUUUUCCAUGGCCAGGACAAUUAUGACCAGCUUGUUCGUAUUGCUAAAGUCCUCGGGACCGAAGAACUUUACAGCUACCUUAACAAGUAUCACAUUGAACUGGACACACGUUUCAAAGACCUGCUUGGACAGCAAACACGAAAGCGUUGGGAGCACUUUGUUCAGCAGGAGAAUCAGCACUUGGUGAGCCCCGAAGCUCUAGAUUUGCUGGAUAAGCUGCUGCGUUAUGACCAUCAACAGAGAUUGACUGCCCAGGAGGCCAUGGAACACCCCUACUUCUAUCCUGUGCUGAAGGGACAGUCACUCUCAAACUCAGAUGGCACCCUGGCAAUAAGCAGUUCAACUGCGACAUGAUGAGCUAAAAGUAAAAGGAAAACCUUUUUACCUCAGUGUUUGGCAGAGACCCUGCGUUUCAGGUGUAAAGCUUCACUCGACUGAAGCAAGAAGUAAUUUAGUAUUACAAGACUUGUACAGAAAACCCAAACGCACCGGGCUGGCCGACUCCCUCUCCUUUAUUCACUUUGUAUUAGUGCUGCUUGCCACAGUUACUUAGAUACCAAAAAAAGUGGUAUUCUGUAUGUCCCCUUCGUUCCUGUUUUAAGUUCAACAUCUCUCUUUAAAGGAAAAAAAAAAAAAAGAGAAAAAAAACCCCUACAGAAUUAUAAGUGAUUAUGUAUUGUGGUUGGGAAAGAAUGCCUGCUCUUUCCCUGUGACUCUCAGGCUCUACAUGACUGCUGUGGGCUCAGGAUCCAGGUUGCAUUCUAUACUGGAAGGAUUGUAAUGGUCAGUUAAUUUGCCCUGCUGAAAUGAGUGCAAAUUGUAAAUUAUAGCAUUAUUAUUAUUAUUAUUAUUAUUAUUAUUAUUAUUAUUAUUGGGUAUGGAAGCUUUUCUGUAAUCUGUUGAAAAUAUGAUAUAUUAAAUAAGAGAUACUUUUUAA